CUGCUACCAUAACAGUGACAACUCCUCUUCUUACAUAGAGUAUGAGAUUUUUAAAAUCAAUGGAAUAAGGCCUAGCACAAAAAUUGAAAGAGCAGGGAGAUAUCAUAACAACUGGAAGGUCUUCCAAGUUGGAAUAUUGUCACUGUUAUUUCUAUACAGAAAUAAAGGAUUCCCUGUUCCCCUACGGAUAUCAUGGAGGAAAAGCAUCCAAACCUCGCAUUUCAGACAAACAAUUUCAGGAUAGCCUUGGCUGGUUUUGACAAAUUGGUUGAACGUACAGUGGCCCAGAAAAAAGAUGAAAGAGCAGGCUUAUUUGUGCAUAAAGAAGAAGCAAUUGAUUAUGACAAGUUUUAUGCAAAGGUACAGGAACUCUUUGGUCCAGAUGUGAAGAGUCAAGAUGUGAAAUGCUUCUACAGAAAACUCUGCAACAAUCUUGAUCCAUCUAUAGACUGGUGUGAGAUCUUUGGAUACUAUGCCUCGGAAGAAGAUUCUCUAACUGCCCAGAUGGAUGAAGAAAAUUUAGUUUUUCUUGUUUCCAGAAAACAACAAAUUGUAAUUUCAGGUAGUAGAAGACGUGAUGUGAUUAAGUGCCUUGUCAAGAUUCCUCAGUUAGAUUUACUAAUAACAGCUUCUCAGAAAGGAUUAAUAACAGUCUUUAAUAGCCAGAUGAGAGUUCAGACCAGCACCAAUGUCACAGAUACCUCCUGGAUCACAGGAUGUGAUUACCUCUCACAGCUGAAACGAAUUGUUGCCACUACAGAAAGGACCAUUAUUGUCUGGGAUUAUAAAUCUCAAGGGAGUUCACAGGAAAACUACUUUGUCAUAAAGCCAAUGGACCACUGCCUCCUCUGUGUGUGUGUUGUGUCUUUACCUGAUCAGCUCUGCCAAGAUGAUAUUCUUCUGGGGGAUGAUGGUGGUUUUAUAAACAAGUUCACAGUCAAUAGUGAUGACUUUGGGCUGAAGCAAGCAAAAACAAAAAAGAAAUCACAAAGUCAGAUCCUAGACUCAAAAAACUUUAAAAGCAUUAAAAGGAAACUCCAUAAUGACUGGGUUAUGAAAAUUAGGUAUAUUUCACCACUGAAGUGUUUUGGAUCCUGCUCCUUAGACAGUGUUCAUUCAUUAGUUUUGGAAUCCUUGAAGAGACUUGAGGAUAACAUGCCUGUCAGAGAGUUUUCCAUGCCAAGAGGAGCAAACACUUUUUGUUACUGUAUAAAGGCAAAUGUCAUUGUCACUGGAGGAGAAGAUAAAGUCCUCCGCUUGUGGCACCCCAAUAUCAGCACCAAGCCAGUGGGGAAACUUGUGGGACAUAUGUUCAGUAUCACUGAGAUUGUAACAAAUGAGAAGGAUCAACAUGUCAUCAGCCUAUCCUCUGCGAAGGUUUUCAGGGUGUGGGAUAUACAGACUCUUUCAUUACUACAAGUUUUCCAUGACAGCAUGGGGGGACCAGGAGACAUGCAGAUCUAUUCUAUGCUAUAUGACACGAACCAUGGCAUGCUCAUCACAGGAUCUAGUGUUAUAAACAUGUACCCUUUAACUAGGAUGAUACAAGAUACAAAACAGAUACCUCACUCUCAUGAGCGAGAAAUCAAUGUCAUGCUUUACAACAAAAAUUUUCACCAAGUGCUUACUAUCUGCUCUGAAUCCAUAAUAAAGGUAUGGGAACUCGACACAGGCCUACAGAUAUACCAGAUUUUAGAUCCUCAUGGUUUUAAUGUUGAACUGACUUCUGCAUCUCUUAAUGAAAGUGGAUUUCUUUUCGCCACAGGCGCAUAUAAUGGAACGGUGAAAAUCUGGGACUUUGGCAGUGGACAAGAGAUAAAAGUUUUGCCAGAAGGAAAAGACUGGAAGGAAGAGGAGCACUGGCUUAUACGGCUGAUUUUCCUGAAAGCUCAGGAAAAACACCAGUACUUAAUACUCACCUUGGAGCGCAGUGGGAAAAUCAAAAUGCUCCAGGGUAAGGAGGAGGAUAUUUACCUUGUGGUGAUAUGGGAGCUGCCUGAUGUGGUGCCUAUCUUGAAAACUAUGAAUCGUGUUGUGCACCUGAAGAUGUCUACUGACAGGAAAACAAGCCUUCCUUUCCCAAGCGUUGAGUUGAUAACUGAGAAACACUUUUCUCAACAUAAUCUUGCCUUCAGUAGUGAAGUGAGCUGCAUUGAUUUAUUACAAGUAGAAGGAUAUAAUUUGAUAGCUGCUGGAACGUUAAGUGGUGUAAUCAUUUUAUGGAACUUUGUAACAUUUACUGUCAAAGAAGUGUACAGACCUGAAGAGGGCAUCAGUGUAGAAACUGACUUGGAUCCUAAACGCUUUAGAAUUAAUGACAUUCUGUUCCUGUUUCGUACCUCUGAAUGUGUAAGGAAAUCAAGUCAGGAUUCCAUAUGCUCCUCAUCCCAGUGUGAGUCUAGUAAAGGAGCACAGAGUAGCAAGGGAAGCAAACAGAGCAUACAUGACAGUGAAACUAAAGAUGAGAAAGCAGAUGUCACAGAGAAAAGUCAGCUGUCAGUGAACAAGAUUCAUCACAAAGGCAGCAACUUAACAGAGAGUCGUACACCUAUCCUCGUCACAGCACAUGAAGAUGGACACCUCCGCCUGUGGACCAUAGAGGGAAGACUACUGAAAAAUAUGCUACCUUUCACAAAACAUUCUGCCAUUUCUUUGACGUCACUUUAUACUGAUUCAUGUGCCAGAAUACUACUGACUAGUAAUGUGGAAGGCCAUGUUAUUCUUUGCAGUAUUAGUUCCUUCCUGGAAACACCAAAUGAAGAAAAGAAAUUCAAGCAGCUGCUUUCCUGGCGUGCUCAUUCUUUAGAAAUAGUUCAAGUUAUCUAUGUAGAAGACAAACAAAUUGUGCUAACUGCCUCCAUCGAUGGCUCAGUAAGACUCUGGCAUGCCUUCAAUGGUCACUACUGUGGAUAUUUUGGACAGCGAAGGAUCUUUGAUUUAUCACAAACAAAUGAUUUUAUUUUGCCUUGUGAUGUUACUGAAUAUCCUAUAGAAAUAAGAGAAGAAAGCAAAUUAACAGAAAAGAAGCAAAAAUAUGAAUAUCCUCUGAUAUUAGACCGGCAAAUAUGGAAAAAAAUGAGCUCAAUGACUUUGCUCUUCAAGCGCACACCUCCUAAACCCUUUGAAAUAGAACAUGACUUUAAGUUUUUCAAGACUCUUUCUUCUCCUAAGACUCGAAGACAUGCCUUGGAAGGUUUCAUGACUGAAAACAGAGAGGCAGGAAUUGUUUUUGGCUCUCUUCCUAUAUACAGGGUGCCAAGUCCCACUAGUCUAAGAUUCCUGCCACUAAUUGGUUCAGAAGCACAAAAGGACUACUCAGAUGUCAUGUCAGCAAAGAGGAAAGGUGGUCAUGUUCAGCAUGAAAAACCACAACGGAGGAGAAGUCUGAAGAAACACUUUGUACCACAAAUCAAUCUGGCUUCUUCUUUCUUUCCAAUCAUCCCCAAGUGAAGAGAGGCAAAAAACCGAAGUGGCUGCUGUGGUCUGAGCUGCGCAUAAACUGGAAAGAUCUAAA